CAAGACGUCUGUUUGAUUCGUUUGGCCGCGCAAAACCCUCAACUCAACAGUUAUUUCGAUUUUAGCGACAUUUCUCUAUAUUUGCAGUCUUUGUGUGUCUUUCUACAAAGGUGUUAACUUUACAUUCGAUACGAAACGGUUGGUCGAAAAAAAAAAGGAGAAAAAUAUGCCAACAGCCCGAGAGCAGUUUUUCUAUGGCGGUGGCGACACAGUCUCCGCCAUUGGCUUGGGCAUAGGGAUUAGCGAGGACAGUGCCACAAGUCCAAGUCGCGUCUACAAUAGCACUACUGUGCCGGUGUCUACGACAAAUACCAGCAGUUGGCGAAACGGAACCACAACAGUGGCCACCAAUGGAACUCAGACUAAGCACGGACAGACCCAAACCACACCGCUGGCACCACUGGCACCACUGCCUGAGUUGGAGGAGGAGAAGGUGCCCUACGAUGGUGACACAAUGUCCAAUUUGCCGCCACGCGAGCCUGUCGACAUUGAGUUCAAAGAGUUGUCGCUAACAGUCAGUUUGGGCUUCAAGCGUGGCUCUAAAGAGAUUCUACACAAUGUUUCUGGCAAAUUUCCGGGCAGCCAGCUUAUUGCGAUUAUGGGACCAUCGGGUGCGGGCAAAUCCACAUUAUUGGAUGCGCUGUCGGGCUUUAAGACCACCGGUGUAGACGGUUCCAUAUUGUGUAAUGGUCGCAGACGAGAUUUACCUGCCUUCCGACGCAUGUCCUGCUAUAUAACACAGGAUGAUCGCCUACAGCCCCUGCUGACAGUCAGUGAGAAUAUGCAUAUAGCAGCCGAUCUAAAAUUGGGUGAAAAAGUGAGCUAUGAGGAAAAGGAGAGCAGGAUUGAAAACAUUUUGGUGCUAUUGGGGCUGUAUAAUCACGAUCAGACGUUGACAAUGCGGCUAUCCGGGGGUCAAAAGAAGAGGCUAUCCAUUGCCAUGGAACUGAUAAAUAAUCCCACUGUGAUGUUUCUCGAUGAGCCCACAACUGGUUUGGACAGCAGUUCCUGCACCAAAGUGCUCGAGUUGCUCAAAACGCUGACAAGCCAGGGACGUACCGUCAUCUGCACCAUCCAUCAGCCCACGGCCAAGCUAUUCCAAAUCUUCGAUCAGGUAUAUGUGCUCUCCGCCGGCAACUGUGUCUACCAGGGUAGCACCCAAAAGCUGGUUCCGUUUCUGCAGACCGUCGAUCUACCCUGCCCCAUGUACCACAAUCCAGCGGAUUAUAUCAUUGAACUGGCCUGCGGGGAAUAUGGCUUCGAUAAGAUCGACACUCUGAAGAGUGCCACCGAGAAUGGCAGCUGUCUGACGUGGUUUGACAAUCCCGGCUCGCUGCUGCGCGCCGAGCAGCUUAUGCGCAAGCAUCCCAUUCCGAAGCACAACAAGAAUCGUUCCCUGGAGAACACCGGCUAUGCUAACCAGUGCUCGGUGCUGUUGCGACGGGGCUACAUAAAGUCCAGGCGAGACACCACCAUGACCCAUCUCCGUAUUGUGGUGAACAUCGCUGUUGCCAUACUCUUUGGUGCCAUGUACGAUCGCGCGGGACGAGAGGGUUCGCGUGUCCUCGACAAUUAUAACCUACUCUUUGCCAUAUUGAUGCAUCAUUCCAUGACGACCAUGAUGUUGACUGUCCUCACAUUUCCCAUUGAGAUGUCCAUUUUGAUCAAGGAACACUUCAAUCGCUGGUACUCUAUGAAGGCCUACUACACAGCCAUGACUAUUGUGGAUCUGCCCGUCUCGAUAAUCAGCUGCUUUAUCUUUACUGUGAUCAUAUAUUGUUGGAGCUAUCAGCCCAUGGAGUGGGUGCGCUUUUGGAUGUUCUUCGCAAUUAGUUUGUUGACGGUAUUUGUGGGACAAAGCAUUGGCCUGAUGAUCGGAGCCUGGUUUGAUGUGGUGAAUGGCACCUUCCUGGCGCCGGUGCUCACAAUUCCAAUGAUGAUGUUCGCCGGCUUCGGUGUCACAUUGCGCGACCUGCCCAGCUACUUAAAGUGGGGAAGCCAUAUAUCCCAUUUGCGGUAUGGCCUGGAGGGUUUCAUAGGCGCCAUUUACGGUCUGGAUCGUGGCAUUUUAGAGUGCAACGAAGCGCCAUAUUGUCACUACAGAUAUCCGAAAAAGUUUCUGGAGGAGAUUACCAUGUCCGGUGAUCAAUUCUGGAACGAUGUGAUAGCACUUAGCGCCAUGACUAUUAUCUUUAGAGCUGUUUCCUACAUAGUGCUCAAGGCCAAGAUCAAAUCGGUUAGAUGA